CAAAGCACAGAAACAAACUGAAUGCUGCUCCUGACCUGCUGCUGCGCUCCUGGACUGGAAUGAGCUACAAAAACAAAGACAGGUCCACCUAUCUCAUUAGAAAUGUUGAAAUGCUAAGAAAUGUUUUGUACAAUUUCUAAUCUUUUUGUAAUUAUUUUACUGAUUAUUUUGUUCCAAUAUUGCUGGUUCAGUUGAAUGUUGAAAAGAAAAAGAAAUGGGCUACAUUUACUGUCCAAAUAUGUGACUUGUGGAUCCUUUUAUUGCUGGUUUAAUAACUGUUUUUCAAUGUUUUAACUUGAGUUCAGAGAGACACGAGCACUCAGGCAACAAUAAAAUAUCCUCAUUAAUGUUCAAUAAUGGUUCAAUCCACGUUUAUUUUGUGAUUUACAAAUAAUGUCUAUUGAUUUGGUUCGCAAAGGUGGUCCCCAGAAAAAAGUUUGGGAAACACUGCUGUAGAACAAUCAAGGCAAAAGCAUCUCUAUGGAGACUAGCAAAUACUGGACCCCCCACAAUUAAAGUUACAUAAUACACCUUUAGGUUUGGUUGAAUAAGGUGUAAUCUUAGAAUCUGUGUAACUUCUGAAACAACAGCUAUGGAAACUUCUGAUGAGGAGACCUACAUUGUCAGCAUGUGUCCUCUUAUCACUUUUAGUACAGACUCUUGGCACGCUGCACCAUGACAGAGCAGAUUGUGUGGACUCCUGUUGUUACGAGUAACACUACUCUUUACUUCCAUCUGGCACAGUCACAAUGCAGCCUUUUAUGGAUUUGUCUCACAGAGAUGAUGUCAGCAGUGACCUCAUGGGGUCCCCUCUCAUUUGUGGGUUGCUUUUCAUACUUCUCCUGGUCCUGCGCAGGGUUGGAUGCAGCAGAAUGAAACUACUUCAGAGGGAUCAGAUGUCAUUAAUAUAGCUGAGCAGCUGUUUCAACAUAUCAGGAUUAAGAGGAAGUGAAAGAGAAAGAAAGAAGAAGAAAGGUUUUAAGACCUUACACGCCUCUUGCUUGGUGAAUGCAAUGGGGAAGUCAGCCUCCAAGCAGUUUGCCGAAGAGCUGCUCCACUCCCAUAAUGAGUACAGGAGAAAACACCAGGCUCCUCCACUGAAACUGAGCAGCAAAAUCAGCAAAGAGGCAACACGUUAUGCAGAAAGUUUGGCAAGCACAAGAAUCUUGAAACACAGCGUUGAGUCCACCAGAGGGAGCUGUGGAGAGAACCUGGCCUGGGCGUCCUAUGAUCAGUCAGGUAAAGACGUAACAGAUCGCUGGUACGACGAAGUAAAACAAUAUAACUUCAAGCGUCCAGGAUUCUCCUCAGGCACUGGUCACUUCACUGCCAUGGUGUGGAAGAGCAGUAAGAAGCUGGGCGUGGGUAAAGCCACUGCUCAAGAUGGCUCAACGUUUGUGGUUGCCAGAUACUUUCCUGCAGGGAACAUAACGAACCAGGGCCACUUUGAAAGCAACGUCCUGCCUGCAACACACACCCCACCAAAGCCUCUGGACGUGUAACUGGCAACUGCACAGUGAAACUGGGAGAGAACCACUUCAGUUUAAGGACUAAAGAAGUAGCAAAGUAGUUUGGUGGGGCAUUUAAAAGUGGACUAUUUAAUGUGUUUCCAUGAAAGUGUUAAUGCUUUUCUUGGAAUGUUCCACAGUUUGGCAUUAAACUAUUGUACAGUAUCUUGAAUUUCUCAAAAAUACAGUGAAAAUGUGCAUUCCUCCUCCCCCAUAGAUCUGACAUGUAACUUGGCGUGGUAGGACAUAUAAACUAAACAUAUGCUUGCCUCCAAGGAGAUGGAUCAGUUUAAUGUCAUACUGUGGAACUUUCCAGACAAUGCAGUAACAUUUCCGUAGCAAACAGGUGGCGUGCCCUCCACCAGAAAACUUUUAGCACCUUUUAGCUUUGAUAUAUUACACUUCUAACUCUCUAAAGAUAUUACAUGCACUUUAGAGAUGGCAUUUAAAUUUGCCCUUCAAGUUCAGUGAAGGCAGCAGAGAUGACCUUGCUUUGCUCUUUAAGCAAAUUUUACUUUUAGUGCAAAAAGCAGCAAUGAAAGUAUUCUAAUAAAAUGAGUCUUGUAGGUGAGUUCGAGUGACAAAAGUGUGUGUUUUGACCCAGAGUUGUGUGGUCAGUCAGUAUGUUUCUAAAUGUAUUUAUGUAUUGCUUUAACAUUUCAGGAUUUGCAAAAAUGUUUACACAGAGCCUGUAAUAAUACACUAAAUUAUGUCAUAUUUUACUUAAAUGACCUUUUUAACCAACAUGUUUUGUAUGAAUUAUCGCCAUCUCUUGUCCUGCACUGUUUUGUACUCUGGCUUUAACUACUUUUGUAUAAUAAAAAAGUGCCAAAA